AUGGGAUUUUUGAGUGGUGUUCUCAGUAACAUCCAAAACCAUUUAGGGCAGCAUAAAACACAAAUUAAUGAAGCUAUUGAAGCUUUGAAGACCAAUAAACACGCCGGUAAAAAAGGUUUUAGUGUUGCGAUUGGAAGUGUGGUCGCAGGGGUGCGGGGGUAUAAUGAUGGUGUCAGAGACUCUAAUAACAGAGUCAUGAAUCCGAUAAAAAUUCUACAAGAGGAUGUAAAACAUCUUAAUAAUCAGGUGAGUGAAUUGGAUGAAAAUAAUUCUGAUGCAGGUGAAAUUGUCAAGACCGUGGACAGGGCUGAGAUGCUUGCCAAGCAGUUCUUUGACGCCGGUCAGGCUUUCUGCAACAAACUCAAUGACAAUAAUAAACACAUUUUAGACCUUAAUUCUAAUUGUAGAGAUCGUGUAAAUGUUGCAUUAAACAAUGUUUCGUAUGAGGGUAAGAGGCUGUAUAAGCUGGCGGAGAAGGAGCGAGGGGACUUGAAGAGUAUGGAGGAGGAAAUUAAGAGUGUUCACGAAUUCCUAAAAGCUGAGAUCACGAAAGAGUUUACUGAGCAGGUUACGGACCUAGUGUACCAAUUGAACACGAAGGUUACAAUUAUUAGGGUAAAAAUUGAAGGUAUUGGCAUAAUUCUGCAAAACCGUAUAAAAGAUAUAUUGCAGUGGAUCAAGGAUGCAAAUGCCACAAUUCAGGCGGCUAAAUACAGACUGCAAAAUAUAUUGGAUGACGUAAAAUGGGAUGAAAAAGGGCAAAGGAGAAAAGACGUCGAAAACGCCGCAAAGGAGUUAAGAGAUAAGGCGUCAGAACUUCAUAAGGCAGGGGAAUCCGCCAGAAAAGAUGCGGUUGCUCAGGUGAAAAAGGCACUGGAGGAGGUUGCAUCAAUGAAUGAAGAUUUAAAGAAAGAUUUGGGAGAGGUCAAACUGCAAAUAAAUAAAAAACUCGGAGAGGUUAAAACAGCAAUCGGUAAACUCAACGAAGUCAUUAGAACAGGCACAGCUGGUACAGGAGAUAAAAAUCGGAAAUUUGCAGACGUUUUCAAACAUGUGAAGUCAGAGCUCUACAAAAUUAGGGGUAGCACCCUAGGAAGCUUCGGUCUCGAAGGUAUAAAAAAGCUCAUAGUCGACGACUACUCCAAGCGUUUCAAAAAGACGUUCGAAAGCACAGUGCAGGGGUGGAUAAAACUUAUUUUGGACAAUAAUUCAGGAGUAAAGGGCUGGGUUGGGAAGUGGAUAAAAGAGAAGAGCGGUAGCAUCGGUUACUUUAAGGAGGGUUAUAUAACGAAGGGUAAAGAAGAAUUCAGCAAUUCACAUACCGGUAAAAUUGCGGAAGCAAUUAGACCUGCGCUCGGAAUAUCGCUUGAAAAUGCAACAAUUCAGUCCGGCAAAAAGGAAACGGAUGGGAAUUUAGUCGCUGUAUAUGAUUGUAUCAAAAAAUUUGAGCAGACGCUCAGUAGUAAGAUAGAUGAGGAGGGCCUCACGUCCGGUGAUACUAGCGAACUUGUUAAAAGUAUUGUAAAAGCUAUCGAAACAGAAGUUAGGAGUCCCACACCGUCCAAGUUUGAUUACGAUUAUUCCCUUGAACGCGCCGUUAAAACGGCGCUGGCAGCUCUCCAAGCAACAGCCCAGCAGGUGGCAGAAGAACUCAAAUUGUUAAUCGGUCAUGAAAGUUCCAGGAAGAUGUCCAAGAUGGGAGAUAACCUGGACUCUGCGGUUAGUGUGGCAAAAAAGCUGUUUCAUAAUAUUGAAGCGUCUGUUGGUGAAGCCUUCACAGUGGACUACGUGACAAAUAUCGACCAGGCGAUUGACGGGGUGGCUAUCACGCUUGGUGGCAAGUUGCCUUACAAGGGAAGCGUUGUACUCGCUAAUGGAGCUGCAAAAGUAAACGUUAACGAUAAUGCUUUUCCACAUUACACUAAGCAUGUCUCCCAAAGUAUUGUGUCACCUCUGACGGGCAAUCCUGAUAAUAGUGAGGGCGCCCUUCCAUUGGAGAUUGGAAAAAUUGGAGCCAAAGUCAGGGAGGCUCUAACAUCUAUUGACUCAAUCAAUAACUAUGCGGAAUCACAGCUUCACUUAAUUAUACACCAUGUCGAACAACUGUGCGGUGCCGUUAGGGAAAGCGGUGAACAAGCGCAACACUAUUUAAACGAUUUUAUAAACAACUCUAUUAACGGUACCAAUGACAAUGAACUAAUUGGAAUUAAGAUGAAAAUGGAAGGUCUCAUACGAACCGAUGUGGCACAAACCAUAGAGGCUACUAAAAAUUUCCAGACAGAAUCUGAAGCAUUUCGCGAUGUAAUAAUGAAACAUCUCGAACAAUUUGUCAACAUCCAAGUAGAUAACUCUACUCGGCUCCUCACCACCGCCGCCCGCCGCAACUACGUCACCUCCAUCAAAUCGCUCCUCACCGCGUUCGCGGACAAGGUCAGCCAGGAGUUGGCGGGGUUGCCGGCGGAGAUUGACAGGGAUCUGCAAAUCGGGUUCAAGGGGUUUAUGAGGGUUAUGGGAGGUAAUAAGUACGUGUCAAAAUCAACAAAUACAUAUACAUUUGAAGACUCUAAUAGGUCUGAAUUGUUCAACGUAAUUAGUGAGUUUGCCCAGUCCUUGACGUCACCACUCACAGGCGCAGAUCAUCUUCAGAAAUUUAAAAAAUUAUCCACCGAGUUCAACGCCUAUUUUGCCAAUAUUCAUAGGUAUAUCAAGCAACAAAUUACUCCUGAAAGUCCACCACAGCCUCCGACCGAAGACCCCAAUGUCAAGCUGCUGGACGCUGUCAACACUAAUUUCGACGAUUUGCUCAACCACCUUAAAAAUGACUCUAAACCACCCAGAACAUACUUAUUUGACAAUACUUACACUAAUCUCCUCUCCCGCCUCUCCUCCUCCCUCACCGCUCUCUCCCCCUCCGCCUUCGCCAACCCCCGGCACCCGGAGCUGCUCGAUGCGGUCAGAGCGGGGCUGCGGGGGUUUGUCGAGCAGAUGGAGCGGGUGUAUGUGAACGGGUAUGAGGGAGAUCCAUCUAUUCAUUUUGCUUGGGAUGGCACGUUUACAAGUAAAUUAAGCGAUCAUGGUAAGAAUUGCUGUAAAGUAUUUCUCACAGUGCUGGAGAUACUGAGUCACGACUUGGAAGAGUUGAUGACAAAGUCUUCAAAGCAGUGGAUGAGAAAACAAAUUAAUACUUAUCAAGAUGAUACUUUUGGCAGAUGGUUCGAGAGGCAAGGUUACAAGGUUAACACCGUUAAGGGCAAGCAGCAUGGUGAGUUGCAGGACAAGGAGACUAUGAUGGGCAGCAAAAUUUGCGAUGAGAUUCUAAGCCAACGCAUUAAGAAUUUUACUAAAGAUAGCUUGCAGACGCCGUGGAUUAAAGAACUUCUCGAUCUCAAAAAAGCUACUAAGGGAAAUACUCAUCCACCCACUGUCCUAGACAUUCUUCAAUACCUCUCCUACCACCUCCACCAUUACUAUGAAGUCUGUCAUUUGGGCACUUCAGGUUCUAAAAAACAACCAUCUUCGAUUUACGAAAUGCUCAUAUGGUUCGCAGGCCUGCCUAAUAAUUCGGUCCAUCGCGAAUUAACGUUUAACUAUUUCAGUACAUUAUUCGACGAGGCUGAUGAACAAGCGUCGGAUGAGAAUAAGAAAGCGGUUAUCGCUGUCGUUAAUGGAGAUGCGGAGGCAGGUGUACAAACUGAACCUUCAAUUUCCGUCGUCAGCGACGUGUCCUUGCCAGCAUAUCCGCACAACAUCACACCUGGUAGCCUCACUGCUGCGCUUACGGACGUAUGCGCACAAUCGCAUUCAGUUCUCACAGCAAUCCAAGGCCACGGUCAUGCUGGUGGCGUAUAUGCUGUAGACUUCAACACCAAUGAAUUUAAAUUCUCGUAUCCAAGUGAUCCUGCCAAAUGCUUCGACGUGCUUGUAGAUAUGUUGCAUAGACUCUACGACCAACUCUAUUUCUUAUUCAUCCAGUGCUCACGUACGUACAAGACAAACAGUUGGCGUGAGUGUUGGUAUGGCAGAUACGUAGGGGGCUCGGAUUGGCGGUGCAAUGAUAAACAAUGUCCUAACCAAAUGAAUGGCCAAACGUGUAACCAAAUUGCCAAUCAAAAGGCCGACCAAACAUGUGACCAACACCCUAAGUGCGGUCUUAAAUCACCGUUACAGUCAUUUUUGGAGGAUGGCCUACCGGGGUUCCUCCCUCACCAGUUUGGCAAACCAGGUUGUAAGUUGGAAUGCACAGUGGCUAAACACAGAGGAAUUCCAUGUAUGACACCUAUGGGUUUCUCAGAUAUCAGCAAUGUAGCGUCGCAUACUAAGCAAGGUGAACACAUUAAAGAAGUCCUCGAUGAGCUCUGUGGUAAUUCAGAAGCGCCGCUUACCAGAAUAUGUAGCCAGUUGCUUUGUCUUUUGCAACGCCCCCCUCAGACUCUCGGCGAUAUGUUUGCAUUCUACUACAAUUUCUUUGUCGAUUGGAAUCGCAAUAUCAAAGGUAGAGUAGAUGUUAAGACGCAUAAGAAAAGCGCAUUCAUCGAUGCCGUUACAGGGGCCAACUUCGGCGUACCCUAUCCCCAAUUGGACAUGCCAACGGUAUUCUUUACGAGAACGCAGAACGAUCUCCAUACCAAAGGAGACAUGUUGUGUCUCUUCAGCUGCGACAGUACGUCGUCGUCGACGGCAACAUGUGGCCGUUAUUUGAAGCCAUUCCGCCUCAACACGUGGACUGUGUUCUCCCAAGAGCACGCCGACAAAUACCUAUCUUGGAUUUUAUACAUUACCGAAACCUUAUACCAAUUUGUUUGA